AUGGCUCGACCACUGUGGCAAACGGUGUCUAUAGCGGUGUCGGUGUGGACGUUGGUGGCCAUCAGUCUGGAGCGUUACUACGCCAUCUGCCAGCCCCUCAAGUCCCGUGGGUGGCAGACGCUGUCCCACGCCUACAAGAUCAUCGGCCUCGUGUGGUUCCUCGCACUCGUAGCCAUGACGCCCAUCGCAGCGACAUCAGAACUCUCGCCCAGCGGCAACUCCGGCCGUCAGAAGUGUCGGGAGGCGUGGCCGUCCCUGCAGCUGGAGCGGUGCUUCACACUGGCGCUGAGCGUAGCGCUGCUGGCGCUGCCUCUCGUCGUCAUGUCCGUCGCCUACGCCAGCAUCAGCGUCACGCUCUGGAACGGCAUCCGCCUCCAGCAGGACUCCGGCAGAGUGAUCGCCUUGAGCAGCAUGCAGAGCAUGUCAGAAGUUCAACAAACGCUUCGAUCAAAGCGCAAUGAGAAACAAAAGUCAAAGAUUGCAAUAAGGUUUCGCAAGUUUCCGGUGCAAACAAACAUGUGUCAUUUUUGCAACCGUUUUCUGGACAGCAACGGAUGUCACUCCAAUGUUGAACACUCCAGCUACUACCGACCACAGGACAACAAAUGUUUCUCAACGGAGGAAUGUAACUUAGCUUUAAAAAAUGGGGUAGAUUUUUCGCCUUUUAAAUUUUCUCCACCUGAUCGCGUCCAGUCGAUGGAAAAUCUUGGAACAGGGCGUGGGUACCUCAGCCCGGACUUUGACGUUUUUGAGGCGGCACAUCAUAAUUUCGAGCAGCAUCGGUUUCGUGCUGACAACCUCGACGACCAGCAAGGUGUUAAAAUAUUUGAAUUGGUAGAACGCAAAGAAGGAAGCUUUACUUCACAUGCUGGACAAAAGGGCAUGAAAGCAUUCGCGAAACCGUCUCCACCAACUCGAGUUCUUUGGAGACUCAAGGAUCUUGAGACGCACGAGUUGAGCGCUUCUGGGCUCAGGUCUCAAUGUGCAAGCGAACUUCUAAAGGCUAUUCCAAAAUCUAAUCGUGAACUCGCAUCCAGAAUUCAUUACCUUGAAACUAGGAGUUCGCCGACAAUUAUAAGACAGUACAGCAAAUCUGAAUGCGACUUGACCAAUCAGUCUGGAAAAUUAUCUCAAAAAGUCACAUUUUUGGGUCGUCAAAAAGAUGCUGGUAAUCACAGACGGCCUAACAUGGCCUUCAGGAAACAAACUGAGAUAACACCUACCGAGAGCGGAUUAGACCUGAAUAUGUGUUGUGCAUCUGACCAACGCACUCCCAUAAGAAGUGGGGAUAUAUUUGCAGACGAAUUAGGAACGCAGUUAAAUCGUUACGCCCACAAUGGGCGCUCAAGUUGCGAGUGGGAGAAAUGUAAGAGAGACGAAACGUAUGAAAUGAUGUGCAAUUUUGCGGAAUUCAACCAAACUGAUGCGAUGCCUUUUCCUCCGAGAACUAAGAAAAUGCAGACAUCACACAUAGAAAAAAGUAUUCUGGCAAAAAAGCGUGUCACCAAGAUGCUUUUUGUGGUGGUCUUUGAAUUUUUUGUGUGUUGGACACCGAUAUUUGUUGUGAACAUCCUUGCCCUGUAUAUUCCUCAAGAGAUUUACAAGCGACUAGGAUCUAUCGGCAUUUCGUUCCUGCACUUACUGGCCUAUGCCUCGUCGUGCUGCAACCCCAUCACCUACUGCUUCAUGAACAGACGCUUCGUACAGGCUUUCCUGCACGUGUUCGGGUGCAGGAAAACAGGGGUUGUCGAGCAGCCGCGUUUUCACGGGUCCCACGCGAGCAACACCAGGUCACCGAGUCAGCCAAGUCUUAAGAAAUAAUGGCAAGAUAAAA